GGGGUCGGGGUCGCGGCCGGAGCCAGGAUCACGCCGCAGCAAGUUCGGAGUCUCAGCACCCGAGGGCUGCGCCCCCCACCACCACGUCAGGUGACCCCGUCGGAAGGCGCGUACCCGGCUCCGCAACUUCUCCUCCCGCAGAAGCGGCCCACCCAACCCUGUCGAUGGCGUCGGCCGGAGAACCCUCUGCUGCGCCCCGCGAUGCUGCAGACCAGAACUUCGACUACAUGUUCAAGAUCCUCAUCAUCGGCAACAGCUCGGUGGGCAAGACGUCCUUCCUGUUCCGCUACGCCGACGACUCCUUCACGCCCGCCUUUGUCAGCACCGUGGGCAUCGACUUCAAGGUCAAGACCAUCUACCGCAAUGAGAAGAGGAUCAAGCUGCAGAUCUGGGACACCGCGGGCCAGGAGCGCUACCGGACCAUCACCACGGCCUACUACCGCGGUGCCAUGGGCUUCCUCCUCAUGUACGAUGUGGCCAACCAGGACUCCUUCAUGGCUGUGCAGGACUGGGCCACCCAGAUCAAGACGUACUCCUGGGACAACGCGCAAGUGCUCCUGGUAGGGAACAAGUGUGACCUGGAGGACGAGCGCGCAGUGCCUGCCGAGGACGGCCAGCGGCUCGCGGACGACCUGGGCUUUGAAUUCUUCGAGGCCAGUGCCAAGGAGAACAUCAAUGUGAAGCAAGUCUUCGAGCGCCUGGUGGACAUCAUCUGCGAGAAGAUGAACGAGUCCCUGGAGCCCAGUGCCAUCCUGGGCAGCAACGGGAAAGGGCCCGCCCUGGGGGACACGCCGGCCCCCCAGACUGGAGGCUGCAGCUGUUAGAGGAGUGUCCCCACCCUGGUGCCCCGCCCCCCCCCCAGCCUCCACAGGGUCUGCGGCCCGUGCUGGAGCUCCAAGGGCUGUUUCUAAGCUCAGGGUCACCCCUCACCCCACCCCUGCGCGCCUUC